UAUCGUUUCAGCCCAUCCCGAACCACCGACUACGAACCCGAGCUCCGUUCCCCGACUAGGUUUAAGCAUAGCCGUCGGCGACGGCGGCGGCGGCGACGAGGAGGAGGAGGAGAAUGGGCGGCGCCACCAGGUUCCUGAUGCUCCUCGCCGCCCCUCUCCCGCCGCGGUGCCCCUCCCUACCCCGCCUAGCGCGCCUCCACCACCACCACUGCCGCCGCCCCGCCCACCUGUCUCCUCUCACCUCCCGCGCUCUCCACCACCACAUCCUCGCCGCUUCCACCAACCGUCUCCUUCCACUCCGAGUCGCGUCCUCUCCGCAACAGUUUCACGCUCAGGCUAGCGCCGUCAGAGACGACCAUCUCUCCGACUCCGCUCAUCCGUGGCCGGAGUGGCUCGACCUCGUCAGGAGCUUAUCGGACGGCGGUUAUUUCCGUAAGGACGGGUUGGGUGGGGUGGCGGCGCGGGGAAUCGGCGGCGAGGCUGAGUUCGUGGCCGGCGUGGAAUUGCGGGAGGAGGUCGUCCGCGCGGCUGAGGCGGGCUUGGCUUUUGCGCGCGAUCGGCCUCAUCUUUUCAGGGCACUGUCGAAGAGAGAUAUUGACGUGGUGGUCGAAAAUGGAGCUCCUUUCUUGUUCAGAAAUGCUGAUGAUUCCAUCAGAAAGAUAAGGGCGUUCGUGAGUGGGGAAGAAGCUGGUAUUGUUGAUGGGGAUAAAGCGCAGACAAUUGAUUUGAUGAGGUUUAUAUUGAGUUAUGCCUGCAGUCCCACCGCACCAGAAAGAAGUGACUUUGGUAAUCAAAGUUUGAUUGCAUCAGUACGGAAUCUGCUACGGGAGAUGGCAAGUCCAAGUCAUACUGCUCCACCAUUGAACUUUGCUGGUUCUCUUGAGAACCAGUUCUCUGGUGGCUAUGGACAAAUUCCUAGGUCCCAUGGGCCAAAUACUGAGAUGAAAAGAGGUGAUUGGAUCUGCCCAAGGUGUAGUUUUAUGAAUUUUGCAAGAAACAUGAAAUGCCUUGAAUGUGAAGAGGCACGGCCUAAAAGGCAAUUGACAGGCAGAGAGUGGGAGUGUCCUCAAUGUGACUUCUUCAACUAUGGGAGAAAUCAAGUAUGCUUGAGAUGUGAAUGCAAGCGUCCUGGAGAGAUGUCAUCCACUGUACCAUCUGGAUUUGGUUUAAGUCAUGGUUCUGUUGAAAAUGCUCAUAAAAUCGACAUUGAGAGGAGAUUUGCUGCCAAUGCAGAGAAGGCACCAAGCUUCUUCAACAAAGUUUCACAACUAGAUAGCACGUCGGACAUUUACGGUGCUAUAGCUGAUGAAGAUUUCCCUGAAAUAAAGCCACUGAGGAAAGAAGUGACCAGAAGUAACUUGACUGCUGAUGGAACUCCAAAUAUUGAUGAUAACCAAACUUGGAAUGCAAAUAAGAGACUUGAUUCACCUUUUUCCAAGUCAUCAUCUCCACAGCAAGGACAGACUAGAGGAAACAAUUCGGGUUCUGUUCCUUUUGUGCCUUUACCUGCUGAUAUGUUUGCGAAUAAACCCGGAAAUUCUGAAAAUGAGUCAGACAACUUGGAGACAGAUGAGGCUGCUUCUCUUGCUUCAAAUGCCAGAAACCGGGGUCCUUCUGUUUCUGGAAUUAACGUCUCUGGUAAAUCAGGAGCUGGUCUUCUGUCUUCCCACGAGCCAGUUAUCCAUACCGAAAGCCAAGAUAAAGAGAGUGGAGAAGAAAAUUCUGAGAGAUGGUUUAGGAGAAUUGCAGAUUUACACGAUGCCCGAGAUCUGCCAUCUGCCACUUCUGACGAAGAUUUCCCCGAGACCAUGCCCAUGCGUAAGGGAGAGAACCGAUUUGCAGUUGGAAGGAUGAAAGAUCGUUCUUUGACUUCUCCAACGUACAAAAGACGUGCUGCAAUGGAACAAGCUAACAAGUCCAACUUUGUUCCCUUUGUCCCAUUCCCACCUGGGUACUUUGCUACGAAGGAAAACCAGCAGCCUGGCAUUGCCAAUACUACUAAUAAAGCUUCUUUGGAUACAAACUCAACUACUGCAUCUCCAGGGGAGCUUCCACUGGAGGCAAAUGAUUCAAGUUCAAUGCUGCCUAAUCGCAAUGGACAACCAUUGGACAACCGGCAUAGUGAUGGUGGGAGCUCGAACAUAAAGAAUUCAACUCAUAGUUCAACCUUGAAUAAAGGGUCACAUAAUAUGGGGACGCUACAGGACUUCGGCAAUCCUCAGAUGAGUAGUGGGAGUAGUGUAGGUGUUGGAUCAUUUCAAGCUGGUAGGGAUACAAGAGAGAGGACAAAUCUGGUGAGCAGUUCACACCAACCAUCGGAAAGUUUCAACGUGAGAGAGCAGUGGAGAGGUAAGAGCCUGGAGGGUUCAGCUGUGAAAGAACCUGAUCCUCUGGACAUGUCAGAGGGGGCAAAGGCAGAGAGGUGGUUCCGACGCGUUGCCCAGAUUAAGGACAUUUCAGAGCUGAGCCAGAUACCAGAUGAGGAUUUCCCAUCAAUAAUGCCAAUGCGGAAAGGAGUAAACAGGUUUGUCGUGAGCAAGAGGAAGACACCAUUAGAGAGGAGGCUGACUUCUUCUCAGUAUAGAAGAAAUCUCCCUGUUGUGACCUCUGAUCCCGUGAAAAAUGAAAAUGAGAAUGAGUGAUAUUGAGGUUUUUCAACCAUUGUAAUGCAUUGUAAAAUCGUUUACGUGGCAAAUUUUUAAAGUCAAUAGUUUUCUUCAGAAGGUGAUUCUUUAUCUAAACAAAGUCAGCAGAAAACAACUUGAGCCCUCAGGUCUCAACUUAUUUAUCUUAAGCCUCUUUGUAUCUCUUGUGCCAUUGCUUAUAGGCAAUAGAACAAGAGGAGAUAAAAGCAAUCUGUGUGUGGAGAAGAUGGAGAGUGAGGUGCUGGCGACUUUGUGGCAGGAGGAUCUUUUUUAGGUGAUGAAUCUUGCUUGGAUUGGUAAAAGAUGUAGGAAAAUUUGGCUUUCGAGGAUAGGAGAAGUGGUUGUAAAGGGUGCUGGGGUGUGGGCGGUGUUGAACAGGAGGUCGCCCUGUGGUUGUGACUCCUGUGUUCCUUGUGUGUGGAACAGGGAGAUGAAGCUUCACAUUGUUGUCGAGGAACCUGCAGAAGGUAAUUUUAGUGGAGCAUUCCACUUUUGCUGUUUAGUGUUAUUUUUCCUCAUUGUCUAUUAUUUAAUUCCAAACUCUUAGUCUUUAUAUAACUCACGAUGAUCUUGUGUUUUUUUACGUACCAUGCUUUUAGGAACUAUUUGAUAAGAUGAUAGGAGGGGUAUAGUACAUCAUUGAGAAUAGGAAGUAUUUAAUGUAAUGCCUCAAUCAGUGGCACCUUGCUGACGUGUUGCAAUUAUUUUUAUAUGUAAGAAAAUUAGAUAGUGGAGAUGAAUUUAUGUAAGGGGGAGGAAAUGCUAAUAUUAUGCAUGUUA